CUCCUGAUUGUGGCUUUUUUUUGUUGUUGUUUUCCAUAGGACACCUACCAGAAUGGACUUUCCUAAGAUUUUUUUGGGAGGAAGUUCAAUAAAAUCUUCUUCCCAAGGUGAUGAUGAAUUGCUUCGUAACCAACGAAAUAUUCUUUUCUUAGACAACCUAUUAUGGACAUAAACAAAUAACCAAGCCUUUUCUCAAUUAUUGGAGUGACUAAAUGAAUCUCAUGUUUUCAUUUUGUUAUAUUUAAAGUCAUAGUCUCGAUCAAUCCACAUGCUUUCAUAUCUUUCUUUACUAACUCUACCAACAUUAAUUUUGGUCUUCCUUUUCCCUUAGUAUUAUCUUCAAUGUGGACUAUGUCAUUUUUUUCAAAUCAAUGCACCUAAAAGGUCUUCUUUGCACAUGUUCAAACCAUCUUAACCAAUUUUUUUUCUCAUUUUAUCUCCAAUUUGUGCUACUCCAACCAUCUCCCGAAUAUGGUCAUUUCUAAUUCAGUCCUUCUUAGUCUUACCGCACAUCCAUUUCAACAUUCCAAUUUCUAUCACACUUACUUUAUACAAAUGUUGUUUCCUAAUUGCCCAACAUUCGGUACCAUAAAGUAUAGCAACUUAGAUAACCCACUAGUACGAGAGAUGAGAAAAGAAUGGAAAUGAGUUGAUAGUGUUAAACAAUUAUCGUGUUUGAUUGAUUAAUAAAGGAAAAGAAAAGAAAGUAUAUUAAUCAUGUUAGGGAAAGAAAUGAAAGAAACUAUUUUAAUGAAUUUACUAUCGUAUCAUUUUCUAUAAAUUUUGUCUACUAUAAAAAUAAGGACAAAUUUCGUAUUAAUAAAGUUUUAUUAAAAAUGCUAUCAUUUCUUUCAAAUUACUCUCAUUUUCUAAGAGAUAACAAAACCAACUCAUCAAGUUUUAAUGUAUCUCUCCAAAUCCUUCUAUUCUCUUUCUUUUCCUUCCAAAAUUUUAUAUAAACACAAAAAAUCUUCUCUCUUAAUUUCCUUUCUUUUCUUUCCUUCCGUUUCUUUCCAACCAAACUGGACCUAAGAGAUGAAAAUAUUCAAAUAACGACCAAAACGUCAUGGUUUGUAACUUCUUUCUCCCCUUCCUCACUCAUUCACGUCUGUGGUUCUCUCUUUUGAUUAAAAAUAUCUGAAACCCUCAAAGUCUCUUCAUGUCUAUUUGCUAAAUUAGAGUUUUAGUAUGAUUUAGUGUCUGUCUUGGACAAAACCUAAUAGAAUGAAAUGCAUUGAAAUGGUCCUUUUAAUUAUUUCAAUUUUGUAUGCAUGACAAUUUGUUUGUGUUCAGUGAAAUACUAACAAUGUGGAUUUUGAUACUAAUGCUUGCUGUCGUGAAUUCACAGGACUAUAUGUUUGGGCUAAAUAAGUACUUGGCCAACCGAUCCAAAUGAGGGCAGUGUCGAGCAAAGUAGAGAUAGAGAGAGAGUGACAUAUUUGAGAUUGUAUGUACACAUAUACAACAUAUACAAGUGUAUAAUUGAGGGCAUUUUUAUAUUUACACAAAAAAUAAUAAUAUCUCACGUGUUAGUCACUUGACCAUUUAAGGGCUAUCUUUUAAUGGUUAUCUAACGGAAGGCAGUAAGAUGUAACAUAUUGGAGUUAUAUACAAAAUUGGUUUUAGAAACAAUCUAGGAAGUACCCAGAAUUUUCAUCCCCAACAAUUUGACUUAUUCCAAGUUAAAAAGUCUACUAGUAGUAUUUUGUCACUUCAUGCUACUGAAUUAAUUCAUGAACUGUUUUUCUUUGAACAAGAAACAACUUGUUUCACACACCUUACUAUUUUUCCUUCUACUCAAUACAAAUGAUCAAUUCCAACAAAAACUUAGCUGCAAUUCUUUGGUUCCUCCUGUUUAUUCACAUCUCCCUAUUACUAUCUUGCUGUUUAGCAAUAGACAUCAUUUCUGAAACCCAACAAGUAUUGGAUGGUCAAACCUUAGUUUCAGAAGGGGAAGGCUUUGAGCUGGGCUUCUUUAGUCCUCCUAAUGCAUCCCAUUUAAGAUAUGUGGGUAUAUGGUACAGAGGACUCCCUGUUAAAAAAGUUGUAUGGGUUGCAAACAGUGACAACCCAUUGACGGAUAUGUCUGGAGUUCUAGUGAUCGGAAUGGAUGGGCAUUUGGUGCUCAUUGAUGACAGAUUCAACACAAUUUGGUCCACAAAGCUAGCUUCUGUUGCAUCAAAUGAUACAAUUGCGGUACUUCGUGCUUCAGGUAAUCUUGUUCUUAUUGAAAACAAAUCAAACGGAAGUGUCUUAUGGGAAAGCUUCGGUCGUCCAUCAGAUACUUUAUUGCCGGGCAUGAAGCUGGGAUUGAACACUAAGACAGGGGAAAGUUUAUUUUUAACAUCAUGGAAGAGUGACAAGGAUCCAUCACCCGGAAGUUUUGUCUUAGUUUUGGAGCCUCGUGAACUGACAGAAAGUGUGAUCUUAAACAGAACAAUCCAAUGCUGGCGAAGUGGGCAGUGGAACAGGAGGACCUUCAUUGGAAUUCCAGGCAUGACCACGGACUACCUUACAGGCUUUAACCUUGUCAAGGAUAAUCAGGCAGGAACGAUCUAUUUUGUGUAUUCUUUAUUCAAUAUGUCGUCAUUUCCAUUGUUUUUGAGUCCUCUGGGAGCUCUAAUUCAAACAAACUGGGAUGCAGAGACUAGAAAAUGGGUAAAUUAUGUGAUUGCACCCAAAGGUCCCUGUGAUAUUUAUGGUACAUGUGGCUCAUUUGGGAUCUGUAAUGAUAGGAACUCCCCAAUAUGCAAUUGUUUGAGAGGGUAUGAACCAAAGUCUACAGAAGAAUGGCACAGAGAAAAUUGGACAGGUGGUUGUAUAAGAAGAGUUAAAAUACAGUGUGAGAGGAAUUCGAGCAUUGAUGAUAGCAAAGUAGACGGUUUUAUAAAGCUGACAGGAGUAAAACUACCAGACUUCUCAGAUUACUUGGCUUUGAAUGACGCUAUAGAUUGUGGUGAUUUUUGCCUGAAGAACUGUUCUUGUGUUGCAUAUGCACAUGUAAAUGGAAUUGGUUGUAUGGUUUUGGGAGGACAUCAGGUUGAUGUUUAGGGCGUUCUCUUAUGGUGGAGAGGAUCUAUACCUUCGACUCGCAUAUUCUGAAGUAGGUGAAAAGAGACGAAUAACGGGCUUUAUCAUUAUACUCAUAGUCAUCUCCACGAUAAUCGGCCUCAGUAUUUUGGCAUAUAUUUUAUGCAGAUGAAGA